AUGACCAGAAAUGGGGAUGAUAUUGACUACUCUCUGUAUCUCGUAACAGGACGAGAUUUACUUCCGCAUGGCAUGGACUACCUCCGUUCAUUGGAAGAGUCCUUAAUCGGUGGUGUAACGGUCGUUCAAAUAAGAGAAAAGACCGCUGAUACGGCAGAGUUCCUCUCCGUUGCUACAGCUUCGAAGACACUCUGUGACAAAUAUAAUGUGCCCUUGUUUAUCAACGACCGUAUUGAUAUUGCACUAGCUGUCGGAGCACGAGGUGUUCACCUAGGCCAGACGGACAUGCCGAUAGACAUCGCUCGCAAGCUCUUACCUCCAGAGACUGUAAUCGGGGUAUCGUGCAACACCCUCGAACACGUCAAACAGGCUGUUCAAAGUGGCGCAGACUAUGUCGGUAUUGGGGCCGUGUAUGGGACACAGACGAAGAAGUUGACUAAUCCAGAAGUCGGUGUUAGAGGUGUUGGAUCAUUGCUAGAAGCAUUGGAUGGGACAGGAGUGAAAGCUGUUGCAAUUGGGGGGAUCAAACAGUCCAACCUAAUGCGAGUUCUUCAUGGAUCGGUCUCAUCCACAGGACAUUCUUUGGAUGGUGUCGCUGUUGUUUCUGAAAUCGUGGCCUCCAUGGAUCCCAGAACUGUCUCUGAAGAAUUGGGUAAUGUUAUUAACACGUUCAAGGAUAAUACUACCUCCUUCAAGUGCAUGUCUAUUUUAAACCCGGACUUCAUCGUCGAAGAGGUCAUCAGACUUAUGAGCAGUGCGAAGGAAUCGAAUCCUUUGAUACAUCAGAUCACCAACACUGUAGUGUCAACACAAUCUGCUAACAUUACUCUUGCGCUCGGAGCCAGUCCCAUCAUGGCUUUUGACGCCCAAGAAAUGGAAGAUAUUACGAAAGUGUGCGGUGCAAGCUUGAUUAACAUCGGCACACUUACGAACGCAACACGAGAUGGGAUGCUCAAAGCCGGCUACUAUGCCAAUAGAAACCACAAACCAGUUGUUCUUGAUCCGGUAGGAGUCGGUGCGUCGGGUUUCAGGAAAGAAUCUGUUCAAGCACUUUUAAAUGCAUGGCAGCCUAGUGUUAUCAAGGGAAAUGCUGGAGAGUUAGCCACCCUUGCCGGGUCAACCGAAGUCCUAUCAAAAGGUGUAGACAGUGUUGGCCCCGGAUUUCGGGAUCCAAUAUCCUUCGUGCGAAAUUUGGCACGGAAAGAGCGAUGUGUCGUUGUCCUCACGGGGACCAUCGAUUAUGUCUCUGACGGGUUCUACGUUAUUGUUUUAUCGAACGGUGAUGAAAUGCUGGGAAAGAUAACAGGAUCAGGCUGUAUCGUUGGUUCAUGCGUGGCUACAUACUGCUCUGUCACUAGUCCUAGUCCAAGAAGUCUGGUACGCCCAGAAACGUUAUUAGGGGCAGUAGGAGGGGUCCUGGUUUUGACUAUCGCAGCGGAAGUGGCAGCAAAGAGAAAGGAUAUUCAAGGGAGAGGGUCGUUUCUGCCAGCGCUAAUAGAUGAGCUUGGAGCGCUGACGCCCGAUAAAAUACGGAAGAUGGCGAAGAUCCAAGUGUAUUCUGCAUAGAUGAUAUGUACAAUUUUUAGAAAUUCCUGCUACUUUAGUAGUUGAACGCUUUUGCCGGCCUUUCGGUCCGAGUUACCGACUCGCGCUGCGUGG